AGGUGACAGAUCCGGAUCGAGGCUCUGCAAUAACCGCGGAGACAUCGGCCAUGCCGGAUCUGCACGGAGGGCGAAAUCUUGUUAAGCAUGGUGCCCACGCCCCAGGUGUGCGUAUCAACCCUGGUCACAGUGAGCACGAUGGCAGUGGUGGACCUCUACCUGCUGGAGCAGAGCAUGCUGGGGGCUCGCGGUCCUCCAGGACCUAGUGCGUGGCAGUGUGCGACAGUGUUGCUAGGCGAUGUGGGCUUCCUGCUUGCCCUGCGCUUCGUGUCGGCCGGCGUGAUGUCGGAGGCGCGUUCGCCGCGUCGUGGUUUUGCAAACGCCCUCUGGUUCCUGUUCCUGUCCCUGCUCCAGCUCAAGCUCUUCUUUGUCUGCCAUAACUACAGACAGGAGCGCCGGACGCCCGACCCGUUGGCCAGGAAGACCCUGACGCUGCUGCUGUCCAUCUGCCUGCCCUCCCUGUUUCUUAUCCUGACGGGAGCUGACCACAUGACCCCGCAGCGCAGGAAGCAGGAGGUGCAGGGCCGGCUCCUGUGGGUGGUGGUGGACCUGCUGGAUGUGCUGGACCUGCAAGCAGGACUGUGGGAAGCCCAAGGCGGGGCAGCAGCGGGGGGUGGAGGGGUCGUUGAGCAGAGGCUGCCCAUCUGGGCUGAGGGCCUGGUCUUCUUUUACUGCUACGCCCUCCUGCUGCUGCUGCCCUGUGUGGCUCUCACAGAGCUGGGGUCCACCGGCCUGCCAGGACAGAGGGGGCCCCGUAAGGAGGCGCUGUACCCUUGGCUCAGCUUGGUCACUAUCAACAUCUUCACCCUGGCCCUGAGGGGCACAGGCAUGCUGUGGUACAGGGACCCCCGUGUGUCCACUGUGUUCCUGGGGAAGAACCUGCUGGCUCUGGCUGUGAAGCUGAGCUCAGCUUGGGAAAGACACAAGCAGGAGCGCGGUGCUGCAGGAGCUGGGACUGUGGCUGGAGCAGAACCAGGAGACGCGACGCUGCCAAGCCAGAGCUCAGAGCAGGGAGAGGCCCAGGCUCAGGGGAAAGCUCCUCCCUCUCAUUAUCACACACUGUCUCGCUCCCAAAGUCACACUCUCUCCCAUGUCAGCCUGGAGCCCACAGAGACGCCGUUAGGAACCUCUUUCAUCUCCCAUGAACUCUAGAGAGUCUAAACACACACGCAUACACAAAAGCAUGUGAUCACGCCCACACCUAAAACUCAGACCAGCAGAGGCAGUAUCACAUCCAAACAGAUAAAUUGUAUUGAAUUUCAGUACAACAGUGAUGGAUAUAAUGCCAAGCUGUGGAUAAGCAUUUGGCAAGCUUGACUUUCAUCACAUUUUGUUGUGCUGAGAAUAACUUAAAAUGUAUUGCUGGGAUUUGUGGAAGUAUAUUUUCUACAUUUAACACUGAACCCAUCUAUCAGCCUGUAUAUAAUAUCCCAGAAACGUAUAUUGACGUCUAGUAGUGUUUCCUUCCCUUCUCUGAUCUCGGCACAGCUCCCCAAACUGCUUCAGAUUUGUUGCUACUCAAUAUACAGUAUCUCAUCAGUGAGUUCAGGUCAUGCGGCUUGUCAAUAAAAUUAGGUCAAUACUCUUCUGCCAUUAGAUGCCAAGUACAGACCGUGACCUUUAGUGUAGUUUUUUUUCUCUGUCACUAUACUGGGACCUUUUACAGAGAAAGGUUUAAUACAAAGGAGUGAUGAUUUCUUUUUCCCUACAGCUCCAGGAUUCAAAAGCAGUCUGCCUGUAAAACUCUUCACGGUGCUCCAGUAUUUCAAUUUAGAGUCAAACCUAGUGGAUCCAAACCUUUUAGUCUUGUAGCGCUUCAAAGGCUACUCACAGCCCAAAGUGAU